UGCCGUCGGUCCCAAGUUAAUAAUACUCCACGCGAUCUCCUCAACGAACUCGAAGUCCGAAGAUUUGGCCGAUUUGCCCGAGAUAGUCAACCCGGUUCAUUAGGGGAUUUCGAUUUGGAAUUGGAAUUGAAAUUGAAAGUGCUCAGUUGUCUUUGUUGUCGACACUCUCGAUAUUCAGCUGGGUGUUGCCAGCGAAGGCCUUUUGCGAUUGCAUUCAGGGUUUAAUCGAUUCGAAAUAGCUGGCCCCACAAAAGCCAAUCAGCGGAUACAAUUCAAAUUCAACAACAUGAAAGCGAUGCAACGCGUGUUAAUUGUCGGCUGCCUCAUAGUGGGUGUGAGUAUGGUGAGGUCACAGGACUAUCAGGAUUACCAGGAGAACACACCAAGGACUGCUCCCAUUCGUCUGCGAGCAAAUGCCGCUCCUGCCCGCGCCGAAGCUCCUCGGGCCGAUCCAGUGGCCAUCCUCAAGCAGAUCAAUAAGCACAAUGAAGAUGGCUCCUACACUUAUGGCUAUGAGGGUGCCGACGGCUCCUUCAAAAUCGAGACCAAGUUGGCCACCGGCGAAGUGAAGGGCAAGUACGGCUAUGUGGACGAAACCGGAAAGGUGAGAGUGGUGGAGUACGGAGCCAACAAGUACGGUUUCCAACCUUCCGGCGAGGGCAUCACAGUGGCACCACCCACACUGGUCGAUGAGACGGCCAAGGAGGAACCGGACUACGCAGAUGAGCCAGUGCCGCAGCGUCCUCAGAAACCCUAUCGCAUUCAGCGUCCCCAGCCACGCCCACAGCCACGCCCGCAGCCCCAGCCGCAGCCACAGCCGCAAUAUGUGCAGUACGAGGAGGAGGAGGAGCCACAACGUCGGGUGCAGUAUGCACCACCUCCCCAGCCGCAGCCACAGCAUCAGCCGCUGCCGCAGCCGCAGCAGCACCACCAGCAGGCUUCGGUGGGUCCGGCACCGCCAAGACUUCAGAUUCCCGGCGCCCAGCGCACCACCGAUGUGCUCUAUUCACCACUGCAGCGUCCCGCUCGUCCUGAACCGGAUUACUCGCAGUCCCAGAGCUUCGGCGAAGGACCCUCGAAUGUGCGGAUUUCCCGGCCCGUUUACGCCCUGCCCCCCGCCUCACCAGCUCCCAGCAGCGCCCGGGCUCAGGGAUUCCUGGCUCCCGCCUCCGGAGGACGUCCGCUGCUGGAACCCGUGGGCUUCGGUCAGUCCCACGCCCAGCAGCCCCUCGCUCGUCCUGUCCAACAGCAGCAGCCGAGCUACCAGCCACAGCCGCAGCCACAGUCCCGCAGCGGUGGUGGUGGCGGCUCCGGAUUGCUGGAUCAGUUGGCACGGGACUACGCCUUGCCCCAGGGAAAUGCCCAGCCACUGCACGACAUCACCUUCGGCUACUACUAAGAUGGUGGUGAAGAGGUGGUUCGCCCAGCAGUCCCCAUCCUCCUGAUUAACCCUGAGAUUCCUUGCUUUAGGUCCUAAACGCACAGGUGUGCCCUGUCCCUGAGAUUUUCUAAGCGAUAAUAAAAAUUCCCUAUUAAUAAAUUAAAAGAGUUUGUAAAGAGAUUUUAUUAC